CCGCCCGCAGUCCCGGCCUGGGCGGGGCGGCCACCGCGGAGGCUCCUCGGCCAGACCCGGUCGGCCCGAACCGAGUUGAGACGCGGGAGGCGGCGGCGCGGAGAGGCGGCGACGGCGGCGGCGGGCCGGGAGGCUGGAGCCGGGCCAGCCACCCGCCAUGGAGACCCGCUACAACCUGAAGAGUCCGGCUGUUAAACGUUUGAUGAAAGAAGCAGCAGAAUUGAAAGAUCCCACAGAUCAUUACCAUGCACAGCCUUUAGAGGAUAAUCUUUUUGAAUGGCACUUCACAGUUAGAGGGCCCCCAGAUUCUGAUUUUGAUGGAGGAGUUUAUCACGGACGAAUAGUACUGCCACCAGAGUAUCCCAUGAAACCACCAAGCAUUAUUCUCCUAACGGCUAAUGGACGAUUUGAAGUAGGCAAGAAAAUCUGUUUGAGCAUCUCAGGACAUCAUCCCGAAACUUGGCAGCCUUCAUGGAGCAUAAGAACAGCUUUAUUAGCCAUCAUUGGGUUUAUGCCAACAAAAGGAGAGGGAGCCAUAGGUUCUCUAGAUUAUACACCUGAGGAAAGAAGAGCCCUUGCCAAAAAAUCACAAGAUUUCUGUUGUGAGGGAUGUGGCUUUGCCAUGAAGGAUAUCCUGUUGCCUUUAAAAUCUGGAAGCGAUUCAAGCCAGGCUGACCAAGAAGCCAAGGAACUGGCUAGACAAAUCAGUUUUAAGGCAGAAGUUAAUUCAUCUGGAAAGACUAUUGCUGAGUCGGACUUAAACCACUCUUUUUCACUAAAUGAUUUACAGGAUGAUAUACCUGCAACAUUCCAGGGUGCUACAGCAAGUACAUCGUAUGGAACCCAGAACCCCUCAGCAGCAUCCCUUCAACAGCCUGCCCCACCCGUAGCUAAGAGUACCUCCAUGAGCCCUCGACAGCGCCGGGCCCAGCAGCAGAGUCAGAGAAGGUCAUCUGCUUCACCGGAUGUCACCCAGGGCCAGCAGCCAAGAGACAACCACACCGAUCAUGGCGGAUCUGCUGUCUUGAUUGUCAUCUUGACUUUGGCAUUGGCAGCUCUUAUAUUCCGACGAAUAUAUCUGGCCAAUGAGUACAUAUUUGACUUUGAGUUAUAAUAUUGUUUUGUGUCUUAAGAGCUGUGACCCAGCUGCUUCAUUAAACAUUCUGCAUUGGGUAUAAUCUAAGAAUUGUUUACAAAAUAAUUAUUUUAUAUUUACCCUUCAUUCCUUUUUGGAUCCUUAUAAAUUCAGUAUAAAUAUUUCUAGACAUUCAGUGUCCUGCUUAGUUUAAGGGACUGGAAGUCAAAGUCCCUUGUCUCUCUAUCCAAUCUGCUCUACAGGGAAAUAACUUAUUUGUUGUUUUUCACGCCUCAAGCUUUUCUUUAUGUAAAUUUGUGAUACUUUCUGUAUAGCCCUUUGAGAUUUUUGGAUAAAAGAUGGGAUUUUAAGUUCCAGUGAGUAUUACUAGUUACUCAAUACCAUUUAUUGAGUACUCUGUUUCUACUUACGUAGAAUGAUACAGGGAUAAGAGUUGAAAAGGGAAAAUAAAACCCCUCAAAUAGCUUGCUUAAAACGUAUUCAUGUGAGAGAUACUGGGAUUGCCCAUUCUAUGACUGACUUUAUGUCCUAAACAUUCUUUGGUGAAAGUAGCUAUUUUGGUCAAACAUUUCUGAGGAAAUGAGAUUACAUCUUUAUUACUGGAUAUUAUUUGAAGAGGAAAUAAUGCUCUGUAACCACUUUGAUAUGCUGUUAUCCCCUUCUCUCCAGUUCACACACAAGAUUUUUUUAAAAAAGAAGGAAAACAAUCCUCCAUAGAUCUUUGAUUUAAGGAAGGAAGGGUCCAAGCCAGGAAGUUGCUUGAUUUUCUUCCAAAAGUUAAAUGGGAGGGUCUUAAGAUUUGAAUGUUUGCUCUACUUGGACUUGUAUGUCUUUUGAGUUGUAUUGUAUGUCUAGCUUUAUAAUCACUAUAAAUUUAAUUAUUUUAGGAAUAUGCAUAAUAUUGAACUAUUUCAUGUACCAUUUUAAUAGAAAAGCUCAGGGCCCAUGUAACAGUGAUAGAAAUUAGAAAAAUCUCUACUUAGAAUUGUCCACCUAAUCAAAGCCCAAGAGAUCAUUUUCAGUGCAAAAAUCAAUAUAUAACUUAGUGCUAGCUAGCUCCACAGACUCUGGUAGAUAAUUGAAACUAUCAUCGUAAAUAAUGCCUGGUGAGAACAUAAUCACAGGAAAACAUUGCCUUCAGCAUGUUCAGUUGCAGCAUUGAGGGCACUCUUGAGAGUAUUGCUAAUGAAGAUUUAAUUUUUAAAUACAGGCAGUCCCCAACUUUCAAAUAGGUUAUGCUCUAAAAAUGCAUUUGUAAGUUAUUGUUGUUUUUUUUUUUUUACAACUCAGUGCUGUAAAUUGUGUUUAGGUUUUAGGCAAGACGACAAAAGUUAGUCUAUAAUGUAUAUUGAGUACUUUGGAGAGUGAUAUUUAUAAAGUCCUUAUGUGGUUUAUUAUGGGCAAUAUAGAAACAAUUUAUAAAAUGAUUUUAAAGGCCAAUUUAAUUUUUACUCCUGCUCUCAUAAGGCUUUGGUUCUAUGAACUGUUAGACAAUUUGUUUUCAUUUGAUAGCCCAGUUUAUGUUUGUAUCUAAAAUAAGAACAUAUUGUAUACUAUGAUAUAAUGCACAGUUUUCUUAAAUUUUAAUAAAUUAGCAUUUUUAAGGUC